AUGAAUGGUAGUAGUUCUAAAUACAUUUUACAGGAUAAUACAAGAAAGUAUCAGAUGAUAUUUGAAAAUGCAGCGAAUCACUCCUAACUUGUUAAUCCAUUUGAUGUUAGUAAACUCUAGCUUAAUCAAGACAAAUAAGAUCUAACAGCCAAGUAGAUCUCAAAUUAGAUUGGUGGUAAAAUGCAAAAUUAAAAAAGUAUCACAAAAGAGAAGAUCAAGAGUCCAAGAAACAUUAGUACAAAUAUGUUUAAAGUGUAAAAUGAUAUUAUACCCUCAUAAGAAUAAAGAAGAGAUUCAUGCUAAUAUGACUCAUAUAAAAGAAAUGUAAGCCAAAUUAAAAGGUCAAAUAGUAGAAGCAAGAGUAGUAGAGUAGCAAGCAACACUAAAAUUUCUUAGAGAUUCAACUCAAGUAAAAGUAAAGAUUCAACAAAGAAUUUCCAUUCUUAGCUAAAGCAUGAAGUUGCUAAUAAAAUUUAAGAGCUUUUGCAAGACACCUUAGAUAUCAAAGAUGCUGGAGAACUCUUGAAAAGAUAAAAUGAAGUUAAAAGUUUGAAGGAUGAAAUUAAGUAGUUACUAGCAUAACUCCUUCUUAAUAAGUCAUAGCUCUUUGGAAAAUAAGACUAAAAUUCACUUAGUACUAGGCCUAGCUCACGAUCAAUUACAAGGAAUUCAAAUAUUUCUCAGAUAUCUUCAAAAUAAAAUAGCACCUAGCAGGCAGAAGAAAAAACAAUUAAAUUUCUUCAAGGACAAUUGGAAGUCCUAGAAAAGGCAUUUAAAUUAGAGAGUUAACCAACCUAUAUCAACACUUAGCCAUCUAAAAGACUUACUUUACUAAAUAAAAUUAGUUCUUGUGAUGUGCUCUCUUAAAAAAACUCAACUUGCAAAGUCAAUUCUUAUAAGACUUCAACCAAGAAUCAAAACAAGAAACAGCCCCUUUUAAAUGUCUCUUAAACUGAACCUGACUUAUUUUCACCUGUUAAUGCAACUCCUCUUUAAUUGAAUUAGCAAAAAACUGAACAGAGCAAUGAUAAGUCUUAGUUUAGUACUAUUGAUUCUAGAGGAGUAUAGACUACAUUGGCAAAAUACAAGUCAGCAAAUAGAUUGCCAACAGGAAGGAAUAGCAGACAGCAAAAGCAAAUGGGUAUUGAAGAAAAUUAUAGCCAAUUAAUCGAAAGUAAAUAUACAGAUUCAAUAAAGGAUUACACUUAGAAUUAUGAUCAAGAUCUAAAGCCUUCAAUAUUGGAGAAAUAAGAGUAGGUUUCAAAUAAAAAAGAUUUAGAUAAACUUACUCAAGAUCGAAAAGUUAUCAAAUUCCUUUAAGGAUCAAAAGCUGAAAUGCACAGUCUAUUAAGGAGAGUUUCCUCAGUUUAGUCUCAAAGAUCAAAUUAAAAUAUCAUAACUAAUUAGUCUGUAAGCAGAAGGUCAUCUAACUCGCAAUUGAGUUAAAUUAAAAUAACUAAAAUUACAAACUAAAAUUAGAGAAAUAGCUCAGUAAGUACUUUAAAACCUGAUAAAUCUGAGAAUAACUUACAAAUUAGACAGACUAAAUUAAAUAAAGACAUUGAGAUCAAUAAAAAACUUGAAUAAAACAAUUAAAAACUUGAUAAAAAAUUGUAGUAAUUGGAAUAAAAAGUACAAAGGCUUUAGGAGAAAAAUAAAAAGAAAACUCAAGAAGCUGAAAUGACAAAUUUUCUUAGAUCCAAAACAAAGGAGAUGCAAGUGAUGUUUAAAGACAUAUAAAAGGAUUCUGAUUUGCAUCUUAAAGGGCUUAUAUCUGAAUUCAUUGGUGGGAUUGAUCAAAACUAAGAGAACUUGUAGCAGUUUCAAAGAAUGAUUUCGCAGAAAUAUGAACAGAUGAUACAGAUUAAAAUUGAAAAUAAUCAACAAUUAUAAAUGAGGAAUCAAGGCUUAACCUAGAAGCAUGAAGCGAUAAAAAACAUGAUAAAUUAGCUAAUGUGA